AUGGCCUUGGAUAUGGAAUUCGUCGACUCCCCGCCUGUGCGGGGAAAAGUGCGCAUCACGGCAAUCAUGCUGGCUCUUUCUUUAUCCAUGUUCGUCGCUGCGCUCGACCAGACAAUUAUCGCGACUGCUAUUCCCACCAUUGCAGCCAAAUUCCACUCUGCUGCGGGAUACACUUGGAUUGGUGGAGCAUAUCUUUUGGCUAAUGCGGCUGGAUCCUGUAUCUGGGCUAAACUGUCUGAUAUUUGGGGACGCAAGAUGAUUUUGCUCAUUGCUGUCGCUUUCUUCUUUGUCAGCUCAAUUGUCUGUGCUGCUGCGGUCAAUAUGCAGAUGUUGAUUGCUGGUCGUGCGCUGCAGGGUAUUGCGGGUGGUGGGCUUCUGCAGCUCAACACGAUUAUUAUUUCUGAUUUGUUUAGUGUCCGUCAUCGGAGUCUCUAUCUUGGUUUGAUGGAGGUUAUGUGGGCUUUGGCUGGUGGCAUCGGUCCGCUGCUUGGUGGUGCAUUCUCUGAGUAUGUUACGUGGAGAUGGAGCUUCUGGAUCAACCCCCCGAUCUCGGGUAUUGCGUUCAUUCUUCUAUUCUUCUAUCUGGAUGUGCACAAUCCCAAGACCAACAUGGCAGAUGGGUUCAAAGCGAUCGAUUGGUUCGGAAGCCUGUCGGUCUUAGGUUUGACCCUGAUGCUUCUGCUGGGUCUGGACUUUGGUGGCGAAACUUUUGCUUGGAGCUCCCCACAGGUCAUCUGUCUGAUCGUAUUUGGAAGUUUGUGCUCUCUGCUUUUCAUCUACAGCGAGAAGCGACUUGCAAAGUAUCCCCUUAUGCCGCUCGACAUUUUCUCUCACAUUUCGAACGUUGCUACCUUGGCUGUCGGGUGGGCGCAUGGUUUUGUCUUCAUCGCAGGAGAAUACUACAUUCCCCUCUACCUGCAAUCUGUAAAGGGGGCAUCCCCAAUGCGAUCUGGUGUCCUGAUUCUCCCCCUCGUUCUUGCCGAGGCUCUUUCGGGCAUUGUGACCGGCUUGGUGAUUCACCGCACCGGAAGAUACCGUGAACUCAUCUGGAUGGGUCUUGUACUGAUGACCAUCGGAAACGGAUUGUUCAUUCGAUUGGGCCCAUCUUCCUCCCUAGGAGAGAUCGUCGGCUACCAGCUCAUCAGCGGAUAUGGCGCCGGACUACUUUUCCAAACACCCAUCAUUGCUCUACAGGCCAUGGUAUCUCAGGAGGAUACAGCGACAGCCACAGCUACCCUGGGCUUCAUCCGCAACAUGGCUACGGCAUGCUCAAUCGUCAUCGGUGGCGUCGUGUUUCAGAACAGCAUGGUAGAAAGGAAGGCGUCUCUUUUGGCUACUGGCAUGUCAGAAACUUUGGCAAACCAGAUGACGGGUGACUCUGCCGCGGCUAAUAUCGAAAAAAUUAAGAAUAUUCAGAACCCCGUGCAGCUGCUGGCUGUGCAAGAAGCAUUUUCGUGGAGUAUGCGGAAUAUGUGGAUUUUGAAUACUUGCAUGUCGGCCUUGGGUGUCGUGUUCUCUCUAUUCAUUUUGAGGAUUAAGCUGAGAGAGGAGCACGUUGAGACCGUCACUGGGUUGAACCGUGAGAAACAGCCCAUAGUUGAAGAUAUUCAGACUCCGGGGGAAUAG